ACAGGACGUUAUUAGUUAAGAAGAAAUGAAAAAAUUUGGUGUUUAUAGAUUGUACGAACAUAAUGGCUGAGAUUAAAUCUAUGGAGCAUUCAACGCUCAAAGUUCCUUAUGAAGUUUUAAACAAAAAAUUUCGAGUCGCGCAGAAAAAUCUUGAUCGUGAAUUGGACCAAAUACAGCAUUCUUCGAGGGAUGUUGAAAACCUUAUAACAAGAACUAAAAUCUUACCAACAGUGGAUGAAGUCGGUGCAUUGGUAGGAAAUGUGGUCGAGCGCAUGCAGAUAUUAAAAAGGAAAGCCGGGGAAAGUUUACUGGACGAAUUAAAUGCGGGAUUAGUAUGCAAACGUAAAAUACAACAUUUGAGGGUGCUAGUUCCGCCCGAUUCUAAUGUGUGUUACGACGCUUGGCAAGCCUCAAUAGACCAGUGGAAAAGGAUUCGAAUGGACCGCAUUGUAAUCGAAUAUCUACUCAGAAGAGGAUAUUAUGAAACGGCGGAGUGCCUUGCAAGGAAGUCUGAUAUUCGAAGUUUAACUAAUCUUGAAAUUUUCCACACAUCCAGAGAAGUAGAGGAGGAUCUCUUUAAACAUAAAACUUUAAAAUGUGUUUUGUGGUGCAAUGACAAUAAAUCUAAACUUCGGAAAAUAAAUUCUAAUAUGGAGUUCAGUUUACGCGUUCAAGAAUUUAUUGAACUUGUUCGGAGUGAUAACCGAGUUGAAGCAGUUAAAUAUGCAAGGAAAUAUUUUCAAAGUUUUGAAAAAACACAACUAAGGGAAAUAUGCAAGUGCAUGGCUUUAUUGGCGUAUCAACCAAAUACAGAUACCGAGCCAUACAAAACCUUAUUUAGUGAAGCACGUUGGAACGAUCUGGUUUUAAGUUUUCGAAAUGAAAACUAUCGUUUAUUUCAACUAUCAACUCAGUCUUUACUCAGUGUUGCAAUACAAGCUGGAUUAUCAUCAUUAAAAACACCACAAUGUUAUUCUCCAAACUGCAAAAAUCCUCAUUGCCCUGUUUGUCAAGAAGAUUUCAAUAAAAUCGCUAGGAAUUUGCCAUAUUCACAUUGUGUUCAGAGUCGCCUAAUUUGCAGAGUCACUGGACUACCUUUGAAUGAACAUAACUUACCAAUGAUGCUGCCGAACGGCCAAAUAUUUGGGCAGUUGGCUUUACCCGAAAUAACUAGAGAGGACGGUGCUGUGGUUUGUCCUAUUACAAAUACAAAAUUCUCAAGCCCAAAAGUUGAAAAGGUUUUUGUAAUGUAAAAAAUUAAAAUCUUGAUAUAUAUAUAGCAUAUAAUGUAAUUAAUAAUAAAAGUAUAUUCUGCGUAAAAAUAUGCCGCGUAAGGGAAGCAUUCA